AUGGAAGUUACUACGGAGUACUCCGUAGAGUUGUCGUCAUGGAUCAGUCUCCAAAGGUCGUCACCUGGAGCUCUCUGGACAUUACUAUGUACAAGGUUAUCAUGUGAGAACGCCACUGGGCUGAAAGAGAUGUUAGUCCUUACUGACGAGGAAGGUGAAAUUCCGACUGGAUUAACCGAUCUUGUCAAUGACGAUCUCCUUGAACCGACAGAGGGACAGAUGAGGCUCUGCGGUGGCGGAGCUGGUCUUGGUCUAGAUGGGACAGGAUGA